AUGUCCUCUCAACUGUCCUGUCAAGUUGAGCUGUCCUCUCAAGUUGAGCUGUCCUCUCAAGUUGAGCUGUCCUCUCAAGAUGAGCUGUCCUCUCAAGUUGAGCUGUCCUCGAAAGCCGUGCUGUCCUCGCAAGUUGUGCUGUCAUCGCAAGCUGUGCUGUCCUCGAAAGCUGUGCUGUCCUCCCAAGCUGUGCUGUCCUCGCAAGCUGUGCUGUCCUCGCAAGCUGUGCUCUCCUCGCAAGCUGUGCUGUCCUCGCAAGCCGUACUGUCCCUGCAAGCCGUGCUGUCCUCGCAAGGUGUGCUGUCCUCACAAGCCGUGCUGUCCUCGCAGGCCGUGCUGUCCUCGGAAGCCGUGCUGUCCACGCAAGCCUUGCUGUCCACGCAAGCCUUGCUGUCCUCGCAAGCCGUUGAGGUGUCCUCUCAAGUUGAGCUGUCCUCUCAAGUAGAGCUGUCCUCUCACGUUGAACUGUCCUCGCAAGCUCUGAUGUCCUUGCAAGCUGUGCCGUCCUCGCAAGCUGUGCCGUCCUCGCAAGCUGAGCCAUCCUCGCAAGCUGUGCUGUCCUCGCAAGCUGUCCUGUCCUCGCAAGCUACGCUGUCCUCGCAAGCUGUGCUGUCCACGCAAGCUGUGCUGUCCACGCAAGCUGUGCUGUCCCCGCAACCUGUGCUGUCCUCGCAAGCUGUGCUGUCCUCGCAAGCUGUGCUGUCCUCGUUAGCUGUGCUGUCCUCGCAAGCUGUGCUGUCCUCGCAAGGUGCGCUGCCCUCGCAAGCUGUACUGUCCUCGCAAGCUGUGCUGUCAUCGCAAGCCUUGCUGUCCUCGCAAGCCCUGCUGUCCUCUCCAGCCGUGCUGUCUUCGCAAGCUUUGCUGUCCUCGCAUGUUGUGCUUUCCUCUCAAGUAGUGCUGUCCUCUCAAGUUGGGCUGUCCUCUCAAGUUGAGCUGUCCUCUCAAGUUGAGCUGCCCUCUCAAGUUGAGCUGUCCUCUCAAGUUGUGCUGUCCUCUCAGGUUGUGCUGUCCUCUCAAGUUGAGCUGUCCUCUCAAGUUGAGCUGUCCUCUCAAGUUGAGCUGUCCUCUCAAGUUGAGCUGUCCUCUCAAGUUGAGCUGUCCUCUCAAGUUGAGCUGACCUCUCAAGUUGAGCUGUCCUCUCUAGUUGAGCUGUCCUCUCAACUGUCCUAUCAUGUUGAGCUGUCAUCUCUAGUUGAGCUGUCCUCUCAAGUUGAGCUGUCCUCUCAAGUUGAGCUGUCCUCUCAAGUUGAGCUGUCUUCUCUAGAUGAGCUGUCUUCUCUAGAUGAGCUGUCCUCUCAAGUUCAGUUGUCCUCACUAGUUGAGCUGUCCUCUCGAGUUGAGCUGUCCUCUCUAGUUGAGCUGUUCUCUCACGUUGAGCUGUCCUCACAAGUUGAGCUGUCCUCUCAAGUUGAGCUGUCCUCGCAAGCAGUGCUGUCCUCACAAGCUGUGCUGUCCUCGCAAGCUGUGCUGUCCUCGCAAGCUGUGCUGUCCUCGCAAGCUGUGCUGUCCUCACAAGCUGUGUUGUCCUCGCAAGCUGUGCUGUCCUCGCAAGCUGUGCUGUCCUCGCAAGGUGUGCUGUCCUCGCAAGCUGUGCUGUCCUCGCAAGCUGUGCUGUCCUCGCAAGCUGUGCUGUCCUCGCAAGCUGUGCUGUCCUCGCAAGCUGUGCUGUCCUCGCAAGCUGUGCUGUCCUCGCAAGCUGUGCUGUCCUCGCAAGCUGUGCUGUCCUCGCAAGCUGUGCUGUCCUCGCAAGCUGAGCUGUCCUCGCAAGCUGUGCUGUCCUUGCAAGCUGUGCUGUCCUCGCAAGCUGUGCUGAGCUCGCAAGCUGUGCUGUUCUCGCAAGCUGUGCUGUCCUCGCAAGCUGUGCUGUCCUCGCAAGCUGUGCUGUCCUCGCAAGCUGUGCUGUCCUCACAAGCUUUGCUGUCCUCACAAGCUUUGCUGUCCUCGCAAGCUUUGCUGUCCUCACAAGUUGUGCUGCCUUCGCAAGUUGUGCUGUCCUCUCAAGUUGAGCUGUCCUCUCAAGUUAAGCUGUCCUCUCAACUUGAACUGUCCUCUCAAGUUGAGCUGCCCUCUCAAGUUGAGCUGCCCUCUCAAGUUGAGCUGUCCCCUCAAGUUGAGCUGUCCUCUCAAGAUGAGCUGCCUUCUCUAGUUGAGCUGCCCUCUCAAGUUGAGCUGCCCUCUCAAGUUGAGCCGACCUCUCAAGUUGAGCUGUCCUCUCAACUGUCAUCUGAUGUUGAGCUGUCCCCUCUAGAUGAGCUGUCCUCUCUAGAUGAGCUGUCCUCUCAAGUUGAGCUGCCCUCUCAAGUUGAGCUGUCCUCUCAAGUUGAGCUGUCCUAUCAUGUUGAGCUGACCUCUCUAGUUGAGCUGUCACCUCUAGUUGAGCUGUCCUCUCAACUUGAGCUGUCCUCUCAAGUUGAGCUGUCCUCGCAAGCCGUGCUGUCCUCGCACGUUGUGCUGUCAUCGCAAGCUGUGCUGUCCUCGAAAGCUGUGCUGUCCUCCCAAUUUGUGCUGUCCUCGCAAGCUGUGCUCUCCUCGCAAGCUGUGCUGUCCUCGCAAGCCGUGCUGUCCUUGCAAGCCGUGCUGUCCUCGCAAGCUGUGCUGUCCUCGCAAGCCCUGCCUUCUCUAGUUGAGCUGUCCUCUCAAGUUGAGCUGUCCUCUCAAGUUGAGCUGCCCUCUCAAGUUGAGCUGCCCUCUCAAGUUGAGCUGCCCUCUCAAGUUGAGCUGUCCCCUCAAGUUGAGCUGUCCUCUCAAGAUGAGCUGCCUUCUCUAGUUGAGCUCUCCUCUCAAGUUGAGCUGUCCUCUCAAGUUGAGCUGUCCUCUCAAGUUGAGCUGUCCUCUCAAGUUAAGCUGUCCUCUCAACUUGAACUGUCCUCUCAAGUUGAGCUGCCCUCUCAAGUUGAGCUGCCCUCUCAAGUUGAGCUGUCCCCUCAAGUUGAGCUGUCCUCUCAAGAUGAGCUGCCUUCUCUAGUUGAGCUGCCCUCUCAAGCUGAGCUGCCCUCUCAAGUUGAGCUGCCCUCUCAAGUUGAGCUGUUCUCUCAAUUUAAGCUGCCCUGUCAAGUUGAGCUGUCCUCUCAAGUUGAGCUGUCCUCUCAAGUUGAGCUGUCCUCUCAAGAUGAGCUGUCCUCUCAAGUUGAGCUGUCCUCGAAAGCCGUGCUGUCCUCGCAAGUUGUGCUGUCCUCACAAGCCGUGCUGUCCUUGCAAGCCGUGCUGUCCUUGCAAGCCGUGCUGUCCUCGCAAGCUGUGCUGUCCUCGCAAGCCGUGCUGUCCUCGCAAGCGGUGCUGUCCUCGGAAGCCGUGCUGUCCACGCAAGCUUUGCUGUCCUCGCAAGCCAUGCUGUCCUCACAAGUUUUGCUGUCCUCACAAGCUUUGCUGUCCUCACAAGCUUUCCUGUCCUCGUAA